AGAGCCCAGCAUGGAGGCGGUCCUGCUGGAGCACUUCCCCGCGGGGCUGGACUCCUUCUCCUCAGAGCCUUACUUCGACGACGAGGAGUUCUUCACGGACCACUCGUCCCGCGACCCCCUGGAAGGCGACGAGCUGCUGGAGGCCGACGUGGACUUCCUGGCCCCGCAGUUCCACGAGUGCUACCGCAGCGAGGGGACGGGCGCGGGGCCCGCCUUGGGGCCCCCGCCUGAGGGCGCGCUGUGCUGCGAAGCGGCCCCGGGCAGCAGCUUCUCCUCGUCCUUCUCGCCGCCCUCGUCGCCCUCGUCGUCCAGCUUCGCCUACGAGUGCUGCGGGCUGGCGGCGUCGCCCGGGGGCAGCCUGAAGGCGCUGAGCGCGGCGGCGGCGGCGGCGGCGCGGCGGCGGCGGCGGGUGCGCUCCGAGGCCGAGCUGCAGCAGCUGCGGCAGGCGGCCAACGUGCGCGAACGGCGGCGGAUGCAGUCCAUCAACGACGCCUUCGAGGGGCUGCGCUCGCACAUCCCCACGCUGCCCUACGAGAAGCGCCUCUCCAAGGUGGACACGCUGCGCCUGGCCAUCGGCUACAUCAACUUCCUCAGCGAGCUGGUCCAGUCCGACGUGCCCCUGCGCAGCGCCGGCAGCCAGAGCCCCUGCCAGCCCAAGAAGGUCAUCAUCUGCCACCGGGGCACAAGAUCACCUUCUCCAAGUGACCCAGAUUAUGGACUUCCUCCUCUCGCGGGGCAUUCUCUCUCUUGGACUGACGAAAAACAACUUAAGGAACAAAACAUUAUUAGAACUGCUAAAGUGUGGACUCCAGAAGACCCUAGAAAAUUAAACAGCAAACCUUCCUUAAGCAACAUAGAAAACGAACCUCCGUUUGACCUAAUAUCAUAAAAUGUUUUGGAAUGUAAAUACCCAUCUUUAUACUGGUGUACAUUUGUACUUAAAGACAUAUUUUUUUCAAAAGUAUUUUACAAUACAAAAAAAAGUAUUCUAAUGGCAAUCAACUUUUUAUUUAUCUAUUUAUUGUUUAGUGGAGUUAGGAAACAGAACUGUCCUUUUUAAAUGUAUAAUUUAUAUAAUUUAUCCUAAUUUAAAUAUAUGCAAUAAUGUGAGAUUCCUCCACCAGCACCUUUUGGCAAAAUUAUUUGUUGAAAAAAGAAAACACUUCCCAGAAAAUGUGAACAUAAUUUAUUACCAUUUGUUGAAUAUGGCAAUUAUAUUAUAUUAAUAAUAAACUUUGAUUA